UUUCAGUCCAAAUGGUAUCUGCAGAAGACAAGUUGGUAAAGAGGAUUCUGGCAAGGAAAAAGCAUGACAAAUUGAAGAAAAAAGAUAAGUUGCUAUGGAAUUUUAAAAACAAAAUAAUUGUCUUUACCCUCAUUCUAUUCAUUUUAGGAGUUGUAACCUGGACAUUACUGUGGCUCUUCAUUGUUCAGGUAGAAAACAAAGAUGUACUGUAUUUUGUUGGACUGUUUCGUGUUGCCAACAUAGAGUUUCUUCCAGAAUAUAGGCAGAAAGAAUCAAAGGAAUUCCUCUCUAUGGCACAGACUGUGCAGCAUGUGAUGAACUUGGUUUACACAACUUCUUCUUUCUCCAAAUUUUACAAGCAGUCCACUGUCUCAGAAGUCAGUAACAACAACAAUGGAGGCCUUCUUAUUCACUUCUGGAUCGUAUUUGUGGUACCACAGGCGAAGGGGCAAGUGCUGAGUGAGGAUUGUGUGGCUGCCAUUUUAAAGGAUUCCAUUCAGACAAGUAUCAUUAACCGGACUUCAGUGGGAAGUCUUCAGGGCCUUGCAGUCGACAUGGAUUCCAUUGUCCUAAGCGCAGGUCUUCGGUCAGAUUAUUGGUCAACAACGGGAACAGGAACAAAUUGCAUGUAUGAUCUCUAUGCUGACCAACUACAUGAGCGUUUUCCUCUGGAUACUCAAGCUACCUCAGAGGGAGCAAUCUGCUAUUUUAAGCUUAUUGCCUCUGUGGGCCACCUUGUCCGCCUUUCCAUAGUAUCCCUUCAGAUUGAAGCAGAUAACUGCAUCACUGACUCCCUCACCAUUUAUGACUCUCUGAUGCCAAUCAAAGAUAAGAUACUCUACCGAGCCUGUGAACCAGCUGAUUCAUUGGUGUCACUUGUGUCCACAAAUAAUCUCAUGUUGGUAAUAUUUAAGGCAGCACAAGUAAAGGAGCAAAAGGAAUUCCAGGGCUAUUUUGAGGUCAUUACACAAGAAAGGUGUGGAAAAGCAAUAGUGACAAAAGAGGAAACUGGCUAUGAAGGAAGAAUCACAAGUCCAUAUUAUCCAAGCUAUUAUCCUCCAAAAUGCCUGUGUGUGUGGAACUUCCAGACUCCACAGAAGAGCCUUGGUAUAGCUCUGAAGUUCCAUAAUUAUACCAUUAGUGAGAAGAAUAUUAAAGGCUGUGAACGAGGAUGGUGGAAAAUUAAUGAACACAUGUACUGUGGUUAUUAUGUCGAUCACCAAACUGUGUUCCACAUUACAAGUUCUGAUGUCAGCGUGGAGCUGCAGUGCAGUUCGAAGGUCUCUGAGAAGCCCCUGCUGGUGGAAUAUGGCAGCUAUAACAUCAGCCAGCCAUGUCCACCUGGACAUUUCAAGUGUUCUACUGGCUUAUGCAUCCAGCAGAUGCAGCGCUGUGAUGGCAUAAAUAACUGCUUCGAUGAAAGUGAUGAACUCUCUUGUGUUGUCCCUGAGUGGAACUGUAACUCCAGCUCUGCAAUACAGGACAACUUGCUUGCCUGCAAUGGAGUAAGUGAUUGUGAGAAUGGAAAAGAUGAGCAGAACUGCACCCACAGUAUUCCCUGCACCAACCACACAUUCAAGUGCAGGAAUAACAUUUGCAUAAGGAAACAAUAUGCAAGGUGUGAUGGGACUGUGGACUGUGUUGAUGGAAGUGAUGAAAGCAGCUGCAGUUGUGGCAGUAGCAAGAUCAGCAACCUCAUCCCCCGGAUUGUGGGUGGCUCAGACACUGAGGAAGGUGAAUGGCCCUGGCAGGUCAGCCUUCAUUUUGUGGGAGCUGCUUACUGUGGAGCAUCAGUGAUAUCGAAAGAAUGGCUUGUGUCUGCAGCCCACUGCUUUCAAGGGAGCAAGCUGGCUGACCCCAGAGCAUGGCAUGCCCACCUGGGCAUGCAGAUGCAGGGCCAUGCCAAGUUUGUGUCUGCGGUGCGGCGGAUCGUAGUGCAUGAGUACUACAACAGCAGGAACUAUGACUAUGACAUCGCGCUGCUGCAGCUGAGCAUGCCCUGGCCGGACACCAUGGGCCACCUCAUCCAGCCCAUCUGCUUGCCACCCUCUUCCCACAAAGCCCACAGCGGGCACAAGUGCUGGAUAACAGGUUGGGGCCAACAGCAGGAAGCAGAUGAUGAAGGUUCAGCAGUUCUUCAGAAAGCAGAGAUAGAAAUUAUUGACCAGACAUUAUGUCAUUCCACAUACGGGAUUAUCACAGCUAGGAUGUUUUGUGCUGGGAUAUCAUCCGGGAAAAGAGAUGGGUGUAAAGGUGAUUCUGGUGGACCACUGUCAUGUCAAAGCAAUGGAGAUGGAAAAUGGUUUUUGACUGGCAUUGUGAGCUGGGGUUAUGGAUGUGGAAGACCAAAUUUUCCAGGUGUCUACACAAGAGUGUCAAAUUUUGCACCGUGGAUACACAAAUAUGUGCCUUCAGUCUUGUAACUUGAAAAUCGUUUCCUUGGAAUAAAACAUAUUCUGGAUAUCUUCAUUAAAACCAUA